UACCAGUAAAGUGCAUAUACUCAACCUCAGCCAAGUCAGUCAGUGGUGUUACGAUCCAAGCCGACAUCUCACUUUCGCCCUUCAUGGCUGCCAUCUCUGCUCAAGAAGGCAGGACGCAAGUUAUCUUCGAUCAGCUGAAGACUUUUGUUUCCAGCAUUUUGACGGUCCCGGUUGAAGAUAUUGAUGAUGCAUCUUCUUUCGUUACCCUUGGAGGAGACUCGUUCAAGGCAGUUCACCUGUACCAAAAAUGCGCUGAGCAGGGCUUAGGCGUCCGAUUCCAGGACCUACUCCACGGACCCCUGAGAGAAGUCGCCUCGCUAGCUUCCAACAAUGACGCUGGGUGUUCUUCGACUCAGCAACUCAGACAGGGAGAUGGCAAGUUUCCGCAGAUGCCUCUCGACUAUGAUUUUACCAAAAUUUUUGACGAGUUGCGGGAGAAGUACGACGUCGGCGAUGAUGCUGUCGAAGACGUUUAUCCUUGCAGCCCAAUGCAAGAGAGCAUGUAUAUCGGUCAGAAGAUGGUAUCUAAGCGACUGUACCGGACCCGUGGGCUCUUUGAGACUCAGGCCGAGUUUGACCUGGGUCACUUCCAAACCUGUUGGAACGACACUCUGAACCGUCACCAAACCCUCCGAACUGUCUACGUGGAAACCCCGGAUGCCACAUCUGGCCGUUUGUUAGAUGCAGUCGUGCUAAAGUCUAAACCAGAGCCCAUGGUUAUGAAAGAUGUGGAAGACCUGGAAGAGAUAAGACGCCAAUUCGCAAAUGGGAAUCUUGGGACAGUCAAUGCAGACGAAGAGAGGCACCAAAACCAAAUCACGAUUUACCUCGAUGUUCAAGAUCCAGGUCGGGUUUUGUUUCAGAUGGACUUGAACCACCUGACCGUUGACGGUAGCUCAUUGAUAAUAAUCGUAGAUGAGUUGGUCAAGGGGCUGCAGGGCUCUCGGCUUCCUGGCCAAGCACCAGGGUACGGGCGAUACAUUGACUACUUACAAACCCAGACGGACGAAGACGGCGCGCUCAGCUACUGGAUCGACUACCUGGACGGAACAGAGCCUUGUUAUUUCCCAGUUAUGAACGACAACCACGUAGGUGAUGCCGGAUCUUUCCACGUUUCCGAAAUGCCCCUCGAUGUCGGUCUAGAUGACAUCCGCGCCUUCUGCCAAAAGCACAAUGCGACCAUAUCGAAUAUGCUGCAGGCUGUCUGGUCUCUUGUUCUGCACACUUACACGGGAGACCCAGAUAUUUGCUUCGGUUACCUCUCUUCCGGGCGAAGUCUGCCGAUUCCUGGAGUGUCUCAAAUCGUUGGGCCGAUGAUGAACUUGCUCGUCUGCCGUGUCGGUGGAAUCGACAACAUGUCGCUCGAAGAUCUUCUCCAUACUAUCAGAGACGAUUUUCUGAACGCGCUGCCACACCAGUGCUUCUCCAUUGGCAAGGUGCAGCGCAUCCUCGGAACCAACGAAACCAAGCUAUUCAACACCAUCAUGACCUCGUAUUACUCGCCUUUCAUGUCCGACGCCAGCAGCAGCACCUUCUUCAAGCUUAUCUCAUCCCAUAACGCCUCUGAUUUCGAUAUUGUGCUAAAGGUUGUCUAUUCAGACUCGGAUAUCCGAGUGCGGCUCGCGUAUUCGACCACCACGUUAUCAUCGGCAAUGGCGAGCAACGUCUCGCAUACCUUCUCAAGCAUCUUAUCAAGGCUGAUCGAGACGGAAGAUGCACAAGCUGCCGUCAGAUCAACAACCACAAUAAGUAGUUGGGACAUGCAACAAGUCACGAUGUGGAACUCCCGCAUACCUGCUCCACCGCUUGGUCCACGGUCAACUUGCGUUCACCAUUUGAUCGAGAAUCAAGGCCGUCUCCAGCCUAAUGCGCCGGCAAUCCACUCGUGGGACGGAAAUAUGACUUACGAAGAGUUUGAUGAAGCUGCUUCCAUUGUCGCUCAAGAGAUUUUGAGGCGGGGCAUUGGGCCUGGAGCUUUCAUUGCGCUUUGCUUCGAGAAGUCAAAGUGGUAUUCCAUUGCCCUUCUCGGCGUCUUGAAGAGCGGUAAUGCUUUCGUGCCUGUUGACAUUUCGAAUCCCGAGACUCGACGAAGGGAUAUCCUGCAGCAGUUAGGAAUCUCUACAGAAUUCGGGCUUGUCAUUUGCUCGAAGCAACAGGCGCCAUUUUUCCGGCAUUUGGCUAAGGAGGUCCUUCAACUUGACGUGAACCAGGUCUCUUUGAAGAAAGGUCAUACCAUUCCGCUGCCACGUAUUUCUCCCAACAGCCCGGCAUACAUCAUUUUCACCUCUGGUUCUACAGGCAAGCCAAAGGGAGUCAUUGUGGAACAUCGAGCGUAUGCAUAUGCAGCUCAAGCUCACAGCAAUGGAAUACACAUCAACUCCGCUUCGAGGGUGUUGCAGUUUGCUUCCUAUGGGUUUGACACCAGUAUGGAAGACCAUCUGACAACUUUUGCCGUCGGUGCCUGUUUAUGUGUUCCAUGCGAGGACGACCGGCUAAGUUACCCGGAUCUAGCCAGCUUUGCAUCAGCGUCAGGGGCGAAUUGGGCACAUCUGACACCUUCAUUCGCCGAGAUGUUCACUCCCGCCACGCUACCGACAAUGAGAACCAUGGUCCUUGGUGGGGAGGCAAUGACUGCAAAGAACAUUCACAACUGGGCCUGUCCACCACAUACAGAACUCAUCCAGGUUUACGGUCCAUCGGAGUGUAGUGUCACUAGCACAAUCAGUCCGUCAAUCUCACAAGACAUCAGUCCCACUAACAUCGGAUCUGCCGUUCCCGGGUGUGCAGCAUAUGUCGCUAGGCCUGAUGACCCAGGCAUCCUCCAAGCUGUUGGUGCAGUAGGCGAGCUCCUAAUAGAAGGCCCGAUUCUUGCUAGGGGUUACCUGGGUGACUCCGCACAAACAUCGAUCUCGUUCGUCGAGGGCCUCGAAUGGGCACUUGGUAAAAGACUCUACAGGACCGGAGACCUAGUCAAAUACGACUCUGCUGGUCAACUCCACUUUGUCGGGCGAAGAGAUGGGCAGAGCCUCACCCCUGAUGAAUUUGCCAGCUUAUUACCUCGCAUGGAUGACGACAGUCUUGAAAGAGAGGGUACGGAGCCCGAGAUGAGGUUGAGGAGCAUCUGGAGUGAAGCUCUGAAUGUUGGUGAAGAUGAGAUUCGCUGGAACACCUCAUUUUACCAUCUUGCUGCGGACAUCCUUCGGUACCGGUCAAUCGAGCGCUUGGCCAAAGAACUCGUAAGAGCUAUCUCGCCUGCUUCAGCUCAAACCAACAUGUCCGAAGGUCCAUCAGAACCGCAGACAUUCAUCCUUUCUCCCAUCCAGAAACUUCACUUCCAAACUUCGCCCAAGGGUGAUGAUCUUGAUCAACAGACCAUGGUAAUUGAAGUCACCCAGACUAUUGACCAACAAAAGCUGUUGUUGGCCUUGGGCAUUCUCCUCAAGGCUCACCCGAUGCUAUGCGCGCAUUUCCAAUGUCUACAUGGCGAGUGGACGCAACAUCUGCCUGCUAGAUCUGCCAUCAGCGUCGUUGACUACUGUCGCGUGCGAUUCCACAGUCGCAAACAGCUCGACUACGUGGUUGAGUGCGUCAGCGAGGCCAAGAGGUCGAUCCAUCUCUCCAACGGUCCUCUGGUGGCUGUGGACUUAUUCGAGUCUCAGGGCCAGACCCUUUUAUCUAUGACAAUUCAUCACCUGGUCGUAGAUGCAGUAUCGUGGCGAAUACUCUUGCGUGAGUUGGAGUCGUACCUCCUGUUCGAGACGCCGAUCGCAGAUGAAGCGACAUCAUUCCAACAUUGGACAUUAGAGCAACAUCGAUUUUCAUCAAACUUACUACCUCAAAACGUUUUGCCUCCUUCAGCUCAUGCAAUUGGCGCGAAUCUGUCAUUCUGGGGCAUGGCAGACGAGAGAAACUGUUUCGGGGACUGUAUUUCUCAUAUCAUCACUCUCGACUCGAAUAUCUCUGAACAACUAGUUUCAGUACAGGACGUGUCUGGAAGAGGAGCUCAUAACAUGCUGUUGGCCUCUGUUGUCGAGUCGUUUGUUGAGAUAUUCGGACGCUCUCCUGGCCUAUUUAGUGAAAGCCACGGGCGAGAAAUCUUCACCCCUGAGGUGGACCCGUCCAACACUGUUGGCUGGUUCACAACUUUGUCUCCCAUCAUCGCAAAUGGCCAUGAUGACAUUCUAAGAGAUAUCCGCGAGUUCCGUAAACACGUUCCCCUCAAUGGAUUUGCUUACUUCGCAUCACGUUUCCUGAGCAAAGCUGGCGAGGAGGCGUUCGAGCACCAUCAUCCCAUGGAGGUCACUCUAAACUAUCUCGGGGCUUUCCAGCAGUUCGAGAAAACCGAUUCUUUAUUCAAGAGAUGCAGCCACGAGAUGCAGGAGAAAAUAUCAGGCCUCAGACAACAGCAGCGUGCAGACUCAUCGAGAUAUGCCCUGAUUUCAAUCUUGGCAUCUAUGAAGGAUAAUAAGCUGUCCCUGCAAGUUGAGUGGAACUCUCGGAUGCACCACCAACAUCUUUUGGUAGACUGGCUACACCAAUUCGAACUCAGUCUGAAGGCCUUCGCAGUCAGUCUCAUGGGCGAAUAUCAGCGAUUGCCACCAUCGCCAUCGGAGCCUUUGGUUGCCUCGAUUGGACUUCAACGCAAGGAACUCAACUCCAUUCUCAAACUCGCUCAAUCCCGCCUCGGCAUCACACCUACCGAGAUAGAAUCAGUACUUCCUUGCUCUCCAAUUCAAGAUAGCCUCAUGCUGUCACAGCUGAAAAGUGUAAACAAUCAGUACUGCCAGCACUUUCUCUUCAAGCUCUCUGGGUCAAUGCCACUCAGUCCUGAUGACCUCUCAGCAGCUUGGAAACAGGUCAUUGCGACGCACCAAAUUCUGAGGACUGUCUUCAUUGAAGAUGAGUCUGGAAGAUUUCUUCAGGUUGCUUUGAAGACUGUCGAAGCCGAAAUCCAGGUCCGCACGCUUCAAAGCGAGAGUGACCUGCCAACCUUGUGGGCCGAGCAGUCUUCCUCGGUCGCACCUAAACCCCUGAGCGGAAAGAUACUCCAUAAGCUUCAGAUAUACACCGCAAAUGAUGGCUCCGUAUACUGUCUUUUGGACAAGAAUCACAUCAUCACUGAUGGUACGACCUCUCGCCUCUUGAUUCGAAAUUUCCUGGCUGCUUUAAACGGUCGUCCGCAUCAAGACGCCUGCCCCUACUCGAAUUACAUCGACUAUGUCGAACAGCAAAAUGCCGAUGAGAUCGCACAAUAUUGGCGCCUCUAUUUGGAUGGUGCGCCGUCAUGCCUGUUUCCAAUACUACGUCGACACCGAGCAUCAUCAUUCCAAACUCUCGAGUUUACCCGCACAACUGCCACUUUUCCAAAGAGCGAUUUGAACUCAGCAUGUCGAAAGUUAGAUCUCACGAGUCCAAUCAUCUUUCAAGCUGCGUGGUCAGUGGUUUUGUCGACAUACCUAAAAUCAGACGACGUGGUCUUUGGUCUUCUCGGCCACGGAAGAGACAUUCCGAUUCCAGGGGCGUCGGAGAUCGUGGGUCCGAUGGCCAAUAUUGUGCCCGUCAGAGUACAGCUAAGUUCGCGGACGGCGAUGUCGAAGAUCUUGACUGCAUUACAGGAAGAUAACAUUGAUCAUCUUACCAGACAGGCUGUUUCUUUGGCGCGAAUCCAUCAUGCAGCCCGGCGAAGUGGGGAUGCCUUGUUCAACACCAUCUUCAACUUUCAAAAGACGACCGUAGCGCUAGGGCAGGGAAGGAUCAAAUCGGAGCUGCUUUUUGCGCAUGACAUAAGCGAGUACGACAUCGCCUUGUGUAUCACCGAGAAUCAAGGGCAGUUUCAUAUCAACAUUGAGACUAGAACACACUUCAUGUCCGAAGUUCAAGCGGAGCGCAUUCUAUCUGUCUUCUUAAACGCCGUGCGAGCCAUCAUCAACGAUCCAGAGACUGAGAUCUCAAAGAUGUGCCUCACCAGCGCACUAGAUGAGAAGCAGAUGCAGGAAUGGAACUCAUCCCCACUCAAGACCAACGGCCGCUGUAUCCAGGACAUGAUCUCAGAGACAGCCCAAAGACAGCCCUCGAGGCCAGCCAUCUGCGCCUGGGACGGCGAUUUGUCUUACGCCGAAGUGGACUUUCUAUCCACCAACCUCGCGUCCCGACUCCAGGCUAUGCGUAUUGUGCCAGAAGAUGUCGUCGUUCUAUGUUUCGAAAAGUCUCUGUGGGCAGUGGUUUCAAUGCUUGCAGUGGCAAAGUCCGGGGCGGCAUUCGUUCACAUUGAUCCAAAUGGUGCUGCAAAGAGGAAUAAGUCUGUGGUCGAGCAGACCGGAGCCAGAGUCGGGCUGUCUUCGCCAAAACAGUCGGACAAGCUGACAAGUCUCAUGGAAACUCUUAUUGUCGUCGAAAGGACAUCCAUCGAGAAUUUCGUAAACUCUGCGAUAUCACUCACCCGUUUAGUUACUCCUUUGAACACACUCUACAUCAUCUUCACAUCAGGAACAACAGGCACACCAAAGGGAGUGAUGAUCCAGCACAAGUCAUUCUGCUCCGCCGUGGCUUACAACACCUCCUGGCUACAAAUCAAGCCCGAGUCCCGCGUCUUGCAGUUCACAAACUUCUGCUUCGACGCCUCUCUCGAAGAAAUAUUCACCGUCCUUGUCGCGGGUGGUUGCAUCUGCAUCCCGUCCGAGGAAGAGCGCAUGUCCGACAUCCCUGGAUUCGUCGCGCGUAGGCAGGUGAACUGGGCUGCUUUCACCCCAUCCUUCCUCCGAACCCUUGAUCCAGAUGAUUUGGAAUCCGUCAAAUUCAUCACUGUUCAUGCAGAGCCGAUGGGCCAAGAUCUUGUGGCUCGUUGGGCUGGGAAGAUCCACAUGAGGCCUAGCUAUGGGCCGACGGAGUGCUCAGUGACCAGCACCAUUGGGGCUCCGUUCGAGGUGGACACGAUUGCUACGAAUAUUGGUUGGCCGGUUGGUUGUCGCGCUUGGGUCGUUCAUCCGGACAACCACCACAUUUUGAUGCCUGUUGGGGCUGUUGGCGAACUACUUCUGGACGGACCGAUUGUUGGUAAAGGCUACCUCAAUGACGAGAUCAAAACCGCGAGUGCCUUCAUUGAGCCUCCUUCAUGGACAGCUGACACGAGCUUGUCGCUUGAAGAUGACAGAAACACUCGGAGAUUAUAUAAGACCGGUGAUUUGGUGAGGUAUGCCGAAGAUGGAAGCCUCCUCAUCCAACGCAGGAAAGAUCACUCCCAAGUCAAAAUUCGUGGCCAGCGAGUUGAGCUUGGCGAGAUUCAGUACCAUCUCAACAAUUUCUCCGGAAUAAUUGCUCACAGCAUGGUCCUAGUGCCGGAAUUGGGUAACCUCAAAGGACGUCUUGUGGCUGUCGUGAGCCUGACAGUCCUGUCAUCGAAUCUCGAAACACGCGAUUACAACCAGGACAUUGUCAUGGUCAAGAAAGACAACCUGGGCCAGGAGAUGCACCAGAAACUUACUGAUGCGCUGAAUGCAAUCACUUCGGCGCUUGAGAAAGAGUUGCCUCAGUACAUGAUCCCGGAAACAUGGCUCAUUGUCAAAAGUCUCCCAGUUCAGCUAUCACUCAAGCUAGAUCGGCAACGGGUGAUGAAAUGGGUGGAACAGAUUGACCAUCAAACGCUCCAUGACGCUCUUGAUCUCCAUAAAGUAGACGGCUCAGAUCAUGAGUGUGGUUCGUCAACGGAGGAAACUUUGAGGGGUAUAUGGGCGGAAGUCCUUGGGCUUGAACCUCAUCGGGUAUGCCUUGAGCAGUCAUUCUUUAGACUUGGAGGAGAUUCCAUCUAUGCGAUGCAAGUGAUGAGACUCUGCAAAGUAGCUGGUCUCAACGUGACAACGCAAGAUGUUCUCGCGAAUCCAACCAUCAGGCUUCUGGCGAACAAGAUUGCGAAACGAGCGGCCAGUCCCGAAGCAAGUCACGCGCUGCCUAGAACGACAAGCAAUCAUGCCCCUAUGCCACAUUCUGUCCUGGCUCACGAUAAUGUCGAGACCGUGGUACCCUGCUCGCCGUUCCAGAAGAGGAUGUACCAAACAUUCCUUAGCAAGCCUCAGAGACCAUACUUGUUCAACAGUCUUGUUGUGUUGAAUGCCAUCAGAGGGUCUUCAUCUGUCGAUAUGAACGCGCUUCGAGAAGCGUGGCAGCAAAUCAUCAGUCGACAUGCAGUACUGAGGACCGUCUUCAUCCACGAUCUCGCCUCGGGAUCUGUCUUUCAGAGAGUUCUCAAGGAGUACAAGGCCGACAUCGAGGUCUUGGCAGUCAACUCAGAGGAAGACGCUACGAGAGAGGCUAGGCUUCAUCUGAACGCCGUUCGCUCGAAGCUGUUCAGGGACAGUUCAUCGCCAGUUUCGGUGCGCCUUUUUGUUGGCCGUAAUGGGGAGACAUUCAUCCAUUUCGUCAUGGGACACAUAUUGAUUGAUCAUGUUAGCUUGGCUCAUGUCUUCUCCGACUUUGCCGCGCUCUAUCGUGGUCAGAGUCCAGGGGCAAAGCCUCUAACUGGGUUUCAUGAUUACAUCGAGCACAUCAACACUCAGCGUGAUUUCCACGCAAGCAGUAACUACUGGGUCGACAAGCUACAGGGUGUUAAGCCAUACAUGGUACCAAUCGAGACUAUGGUGGGAAGCGGCUCAGAUCCUCAUACCAUGGGUUCCAUCAACUUUGCGGUGAAUAUCACAGCCGAGCUGAAGCAGUUUCUCCGCGAAGCCGGGGUGACUCUGUCGAACGUUCUCCAGUUCGCAUGGGCCAUGCUUCUUCAUGUUUACACUGGUCACUCUACCGUCUGUUUCGGGCAUUUAGUCUCUGACCGAGAUAUUGACUUGCCGCACGCGGAUGAAGUUGUUGGGCCAAUGCUCUCAAUGAUGAUAGCCUGCGCUACUUUUGACGAUACAACGAUGAUGAUUCAGGCGUUGCAGUCCUUCCAAGACGACAACAUCCGCAGCCUGGAGCAUAAGACUUUUGACUUGACCGAAGUUGAGCGUCAGCUGGGUUGCGAAGGUACUGGACUUUUCAAUACCCUAGUUAAUUACCGAAAGGUCAAGUACUCGGAUGAUGAUGUUGACAUUGGGUUCCGAUCAAUCUGGAAGCAAGAUCCCCACGAGCAACUCCUGGUGCUGGCAUUCAACGAGGAGCCAUUGCGACUUGACGCUACGCUUACCUACUACGAGUCUCUAUUCUCUGAGACUACCAUGAAGACCUUGACGCAGACAUAUCGACGCCUGCUUGAUCUGUUGAUUGGCCAUCAGAGUCAGACGGUGGGCGACAUCAAAGCAGCGCUCACCUCAUAAUGCAAAUUGCGACCUGUUUGGAAGAGAAUUUGGAACUUGGACAGUCUGAUUUAUGUUAUUAGACGUGCUCUUGCUUUUGCUAUUCUACUGUUAUGAUGCUAGAGUCUUU